AUGGACUACAGUAGUUAUGAAGGAUACGUUGAUAAGUUCACCGAACCGAGGGUUAUUAACGGUCUUAUAGUCGCGUAUACAUUAGUGUUUGUGCCGUGUAUCUUGGGUAACGUAUUGGUAAUAUACGUAGUCUCCGCCAACCGAUCUAUGAGAACAGUAACCAACUUCUUUCUUGCCAAUUUGGCCGUCUCUGAUCUAUGUGUGGGAAUAUUUUGCAUACUGCCAAGCAUGUUCUAUUACAUAAGUCCUAGCUGGUUUUUAGGCGACAUUAUGUGCAAGCUAAUGUUUUUCAUGAGAGGGGUCACUCCGUCCGUCUCUAUUGUGCUAUUGACUGUAAUAUCGGUUGAACGGUUUAUUGCUAUUACCUUACCAAUGCAUAGCAGAAGGAUACUAACUCUAACUAGAAUGCGAGUUGUAAUCGUCUUUGUUUGGAUACUCGGACUCGGAUAUAACGCCCCUCUCUUAUUUAUAUAUAGUGCAUCCCCUCUGCCAAUGUUUGGCAACAAUACUUUAUGCGUAGUGGAUAUGUACAGCAGACCAAGCCUGUUAAUGUUCACAUCGGUCGGUGCAAACCUUAAUACGGUACUGUGGUACCUUCUACCGCUAACGAUUAUGCUAAUACUGUACUCGAUAAUAGCCAGACGCCUAUGGAUAAGCAGCGGACGUGGGCAUAUGUCUUUGAGUGAGCCGUCGAAAAAAGUGAAAAAGAAAGACAAAAACUACAAGCCAUCUAAUCUACACGAAAAAGGGUGCCUUAUUAAUUAUACACGCGGAACUAAAAGAAAAAAUGGCAUAUAUGCUUCGCCUGUUGUUCAGCAUUUACAGGCAUCCAGGGACCAGAGCGAUAUAUCCGACAUAUCAUCUGCUUCUUCAGAAGGAAGCAUUAGGGUAGAGCCUCGUAGGCUGAGAAAAACAAACUUUGUAUUAUUCAAACAAGUAGAUAGGUGUCGAGAGAAGGAAAGUGAAGCGCAGUGUUCAGCAAAUUUCAAAGAUAGCAAAGAUGAAAUCAACAAAAUCAGUGAUAGUAUGAAUAGUUCCCGGGAAAGAUAUUCCAACCUUCAAUGAAACUAAAAGGGAUUCAAACCUGUAUGCCGACAUGUGUGAAACAACAACGUUAUCGGAUCCUAUUCAUUGUAAGCAAAGUUUAUUACAGACAAGAAACAUAUUUCUUAUGCCUGCCAAAUCGGAAAACAAUUUGUCUGACGAUGACAGUUAUAUAAA